AAAGAGCUUUCUGAAGAAGUCAGCCAGAAUGGCAGCUGGGCUCAGAUUCCUGUCCAAAUCCACAAUGCCACCUGCACAGUGAGAAUCGCGGCCAUUACUAAAGGGGGCAUCGGGCCCUUCAGUGAGCCAGUGAAUAUCAUCAUUCCUGAACACAGUGAGUGGGGCGGGGCGUGUUGACUGCAGAAUGUGAGCUCAGACUGCCUAAGUGGGACCAGUGCAAGGGUGGCUGAUUGACAAGUGCAGAAUAAGGACCGAAAAGCAUUGUGCAAGAACUCCAACACUCCUGCCAUUACUGAAGAUCAGUCCUUUCCAAAUACUGAAUUGGGCUCUACCUGUUGAAUUUGGUUUAAGGCCCAUGACACCAUAUUUUAGACAGGCAAUACCGCUGGUCUGUAGCUCCCUCUCACUGGCACAGUUGGUUUGCAACAUUUGUUUCUGCUCUGUUUGAAGCUAUUGCUUGCCUUGUUUUUACCCAAUCAACCCUCUGGUAAUGUGCUCUGUGACUCAGUCUGCAUUGGCCAUCAAGUGUUUCCUUCGGGUGCCAUCCUCAUGCUGCCAUGGCUGGCUGAGCUAAAUGCCCAACCAUGCAUAUUACCUCUUGCCUAUUGCCAGAAUGUUCUUUGGCAAGAAGCCACCAUGAUGCCUCACAUAGGCGAAAUGCUGUUCGUGCUUCUGUAAAUCAGGGGAGCCAGCUUUGUUCUGACGCCAACCCAUCCUAGGUUGAGCAGAAUUGAACCUUUAUUGUAAAAUCCAUAGCCAACCAUCUUCUCAGCAUGACUUACUUGUUUACAAGUUCUUGCCUAACUCCGCCUUUGCACCCAAUAGCAGAUGAGACUGGAUAGCAGAUGACUCAUUUAUGUCUGUUUCUUUCCCCAUGAUCCUCAAGCAGGCUCUCCUGUUUAGUAGAUUACCUUAGCAGCCAGGAGACUCAGUACCUGGGAAAUGUAGUUUCUGAUGCUCCGGAGACUAAGGGCGUUUAUCUGGAAGAAACUCAAAGGCCCAGCUUUACAAACCAAAGUUUAGGACAGACGAUAAGAACACCUGCUGCUCUUGCAGAGGACCAGAGCUUUAGUUUCCAGUGCUCACAUCAAGAAGCUUACAGCCACUGUAACUACAGCUCCAGAGGACCUGAUGCCCUUUUUUCAUCUCCAUGGUUACCCACAUAUGUGUGCAUUCAUGCAUUGUCAAGCACACUGGCAAACAUGCAUAUCAAUAAUGGUCCAUCCUUCUUAGAAAUCAGAAUUUGCGACCACAGAAAUUCCAUUUUCAUGUUGUACUGGCUAGUUUUGUGUCAACUUGACACAGCUGGAGUUAUCACAGAGAAAGGAACUUCAUUUGAGGAAAUGCCUCCAUGAGAUCCAACUGAAAGGCAUUUACUCAGUUAGUGAUCAAGGGGGAAAGGCCCCUUGUGGGUGGGACCAUCUCUGGGCUGGUAGUCUUGGUUCUAUAAGAGAGCAGGCUUAGCAAGCCAGAGGAGGCAAGCCAGUAAAGAACAUCCCUCCAUGGCCUCUGCAUCGGCUCCUGCUUUCUGACCUGCUUGAGUUCCAGUCCUGACUUCCUUGGUGAUGAACAGCAGUAUGGAAGUGUAAGCCGAAUAAACCCUUUCCUCCCCAACUUGCUUCUUGGUCAUGAUGUUUGUGCAGGAAUAGAAACCCUGACUAAGACAAAUUGGUACCAGUGGAGUGGGGUAUUCCUGUGACAAACUGACCAUGUUUUGGGGAGGACUGUGGAAGGACUUUGGAACUUUGGGCUUGAAGAUCCAUCCGUUGUUAAGAGCUCUGUCAGAUGUUGUGUAGGAGCUUGGAAGAUAAUGUUGAGAACACUGCAGAAGAUGGAGCUCUGGUGUGUGAAAUUUCAGAGGGAAAAUUAAAGACUCUUUUCAGGGCCAUUCCUGUUUUGAUUGUGAAGAUUCUGUAGUUCUGGUUAGCUGGGGCUGAAGAAUCAGCUGUGAUUAACAAGAUACCAGAACUACUAAAGCAAAAACUUUGCAUUACUGGGACUAUUGAUGCUGGUUAGCUGGAGCUAAGAAAUUAGCGGUGAUUAAGAAGAGACCAGCAUCAUUGAGGUGACAUCUUCUGGGAAGUGUUUUCUGAGAGCACAGUGGCUGUGUUCCAGAUAUAGCCAAAGUUGUACCUUGUGCUGUGGCUGGACUUGGUAAUGUGUAAGGGUCAUUCAGGUGGUACUGGUUUUGAAGGCAUGAAGGAGUUGAGCAGAGCAGCUGAGGCUUGGCACUAUGAGAGGCCAUGGAAGGCCAUUGGUGAAAGUCCAGCCUCAGUUGCAAUUGAUGGCCCAGGACUGAAGGGGUCAUGCAGUGUUUUGGAGAUGCCAGUACCAUGAGAUGACCACCAAGAGCAGCAGCAGCAGCAGUGGAGUACAGGCAUCUGGAGCCUAGAGGAUGACACGUGUGCUACAAAGGGCAUGGCUGGAGAAGUGACCCAAGCCCUUGGAGGAGCCCAGAAGAUCGUAAGGUAGAUUACGCACCCUCGUCAACCCCAGCCCCUGGCAACACCGACUCUAUGUUCAUCAUCCUCGGCUGCUUCUGUGGAUUCAUUUUAAUCGGGUUAAUUUUGUGUAUUUCUCUGGCCCUCAGAAGGAGAGUCCAGGAAACAAAGUUUGGGGGAGCAUUCUCUGAGGAGGAUUCCCAACUGGUCGUAAAUUAUAGAGCGAAGAAGUCCUUCUGCCGGCGAGCCAUCGAGCUUACCUUGCAGAGCCUGGGAGUGAGCGAGGAGCUGCAGAAUAAGCUGGAAGAUGUUGUGAUUGACAGAAACCUUCUGGUUCUCGGCAAAGUUCUGGGUGAAGGAGAGUUUGGGUCUGUAAUGGAAGGAAAUUUGAAGCAAGAAGAUGGGACUUCUCAGAAGGUGGCAGUGAAGACCAUGAAGUUGGACAACUUUUCUCAACGGGAGAUCGAGGAGUUUCUCAGCGAAGCAGCAUGCAUGAAAGACUUCAACCACCCAAAUGUCAUCCGACUUCUAGGCGUGUGUAUAGAACUGAGCUCUCAAGGCAUCCCGAAGCCCAUGGUGAUUUUACCCUUCAUGAAAUACGGAGACCUCCACACCUUCCUGUUAUAUUCCCGAUUAAACACAGGACCCAAGUACAUUCACCUGCAGACACUACUGAAGUUCAUGAUGGACAUUGCCCAGGGAAUGGAGUAUCUGAGCAACAGGAAUUUUCUUCAUAGGGAUUUGGCAGCUCGAAACUGCAUGUUGCGGGAUGACAUGACUGUCUGCGUGGCAGACUUUGGCCUCUCAAAGAAGAUUUACAGUGGUGAUUAUUACCGCCAAGGCCGCAUUGCCAAAAUGCCUGUGAAGUGGAUCGCCAUCGAGAGCCUGGCGGACCGAGUCUACACAAGCAAAAGUGACGUGUGGGCUUUUGGCGUGACCAUGUGGGAAAUAACAACACGGGGAAUGACUCCCUAUCCCGGAGUUCAGAACCAUGAGAUGUACGACUACCUUCUCCACGGCCACAGGCUGAAGCAGCCUGAGGACUGCUUGGAUGAACUGUAUGACAUCAUGUACUCUUGCUGGAGUGCUGAUCCCUUGGAUCGACCCACCUUCUCUGUGUUGAGGCUGCAGCUGGAAAAGCUCUCCGAGAGUUUGCCUGAUGCGCAGGACAAAGAAUCCAUCAUCUACAUCAAUACCCAGUUGCUAGAGAGCUGCGAGGGCAUAGCCAAUGGGCCCUCACUCACGGGGCUAGACAUGAACAUUGACCCUGACUCCAUCAUUGCCUCUUGCACACCAGGCGCUGCCGUCAGCGUGGUCACGGCAGAAGUUCACGAGAACAACCUUCGUGAGGAAAGAUACAUCUUGAAUGGGGGCAAUGAGGAAUGGGAAGAUGUGUCCUCCACUCCUUUUGCUGCAGUCACACCUGAAAAGGAUGGUGUCUUACCGGAGGACAGACUCACCAAAAAUGGCGUCUCCUGGUCUCACCAUAGUACACUACCCUUGGGGAGCCCAUCACCAGAUGAACUUUUAUUUGUAGAUGACUCCUUGGAAGACUCUGAAGUUCUGAUGUGAAGCCAGCUGAGAGGAGGCAUGAGAGAACCAAGCAAAUACAGCUUCCUGGGAUCUGGUGGUCUUAGAUACUUUGUUAUUGCUCUGAUAAAACAUCAUGACCAAGGCAAUCUUCAAGAGAAAGUGUUUAACUAGGUUUACUGUUUCAGGGGGUUAGAGUCUAUGAUUGCAGAAGGAAGUUAUGAUGGCAGGAACAGCUGAGUGCUUAUAUCUUUAAGAGCAAGCAGGAGACAGAGAGCACUCUGGGAAAUGGCACCUAUCUUUUGAAACCUCAAAGCCUGCUCCCAGUGACAAAAGUCCUUCAACAGGCCAUACCUCCUAAUCCUUCCCAAACAAUUCCACCAACUGGAGACCAAACAUUCAAAUGUAUGCGCGUAUUGGGGCCAUUCUUAAGCAAACCACUACACUGGUUAUACCUGAGGUUUUGGUACUUGUUUUCCUUACCAAGUAGAGUUCAUGGCCGGACAGCACCAGGUGAAAGCUGUCAAGUCAGGUUUGCAAAUACAUAACCAAGGUCUUGAGAGACAACUUUUUAUAGAGAUUUCUUUUAUACAGUUGCCUGCAACUAAAUCAGAAGGCUCACAACCACCUGUAACUCCAGUUCUAGAAGACUGAUACUCUCUUCUGGCCUCUGAGGGCAUCUGCACACACGAGGCAUACUCUCACGCAGUCAUAUGAAUCAAAAUAAAUCUAAAAAUAAGUAAAUCAAUAGCAAGGCUAGGCGUGUGGCUCAGCAACUCUGUGCUUAACCUGUGAACUGUCCUAUAUUUCAUCCCAAGACCCCAAAGCAGUACAGAAUAAAAAUACAGAGGCGAGGGGAGAUAGCUUAGUUGGUAAAGUCCUUGACUUGUAAGUGUCAGGAUAUGAGUCUGAUCCCCAGAGCCAACAUAGCACAACUUUGAAUGUGAUAGCACACACUUGUGAUCUCAGUGCUGGGGAGGUGGUCUCAGGUGGAUUUCUGAGGCUCACUGGCCAGCUACCCAGGUGAGUUCCAGGCCAAGUAAGGCCUGUCUCAAAAAAAAAAAAAAAAAAAAAGGUGGACAGCACCUGAGGAGUGAUAUUUGAUGCUGUUCUCUGUACACACACACACACACACACACACGAACAUGCAUUCACAAGAAAAAUAUAAAUAAAAUACAUAAUAUAUUUAUUUAAAGAGAGAAUAUAUAUGUAUAUGGUGGAAAGAGCCAAGGAGAUUAUAUUUUAAUAAAAGAUGACUUAUUUCACUGACCUUGCAGAACUCAAAAUGUAUCCCUCAGUGUUAACAUUUGUACAGAAUCAAUGUUGCUUUUUAAAAGUUGUUUUCUUUUCCACAGUAUUAAAUGUAAAAGUGUUUGUUAAGUGAAA